GCUAUUAUACCAACCUUUAUGUGUUUAUAUGUUCUAUGCUUUAUACCAUGUGCAUUCGUGCUUGCAUGUGGUGUUGAUAAAAUUUGUAUAUUUUAGUAUAAUUUAUUUUUAAUUAAGAUGACGCUAGAAAGUUUUCCUCGAGGAGGGAAAGAACUUCAAGUUAAGAGGCCUGCAGAUGUGUUAUUUGAGGAGAAUCGUAAACUCAAGAAAAGUAAAACACAGGCGAAGAAGAAAAAUGAUGUAACUGUAGAAGAAACAAAUCUUGUUGCUACUACCGCGGACCGAUUGUCCAAAAUGAUGCUGCGUGAAGGACUGGUUCUCCUUGGUCGAGUUUUUGAAGCAUCAGAAUAUGAUCUGCUGAUAUCUCUUCCAGGUGGAUUCAUAGGACGUGUACAAGCUACAGAUCUUAGUCAGACAUACACGAAUUUGUUGCAAGAUAUAAUCAACACUAAAACCGUCCAGUCAAAUGAAUUCAAACCCUUGCCAGAUUUAUUUAAACCUGGCGAUUAUGUAACUUGUUACGUGAAAAAUAUAAAUGCCGAAGAUAAAUGGUUUUGUAGUUUAUCUUUGGAGCCACAAUUGAUAAAUCAGAAUGUUCAAAGCUAUUGUCUUGCAAAAGAUGUGAAUGUGAUUUGCACUGUCAAGAGUAUUGAGGAUCAUGGCUAUGUAGUUGACACAGGUAUAGCUAAUGUUAGAGCAUUUUUGUCUACUGAGGAUGUCGAAGGAAGGCAAUAUUUUCCAGGCACUCAACUUCUGUGUACUAUCAAGGAAAUAAAAACGGAAGAUCACAUGUCUGUUAUUAAAUUGUCAACUAAAAGGAAGAAAAUCAACACUGAACGUGAGAUAAAGUCUUUAGAUAUUUUAACGCCGGGAACAAAAUUGCCACUUCGCAUAAUGAAGGUGCUCUCCAAUGGUGUGCAAGUUAUGUUUGGAAAAAAUAACGUUGGAUAUAUAAAUCGAAUUUACUUGAAUAAUCCUUUAUCCACAUACGAAGAAGAUGUGGAAAUAACUGGCACGUUAUUAUAUAUAUUACCGACUGUGAAAUUAGCAUAUUUCAGUUUAUUAACCGAUAUGUCUGAAAAAGAGAAGUUGCGCAAAGGUGAUAUCAUAAACAAGGCCAAGGUUCUGUACAGAGAAUCCGGCGGGAUAAUUCUCAAGUUAUCUAAAUCUGGGCUACGUGGAUAUAUGCCCUUGCGAAGAACUGGUGUCCCAUUUACUAAAAUUUCAACUGAAUUCAAGGAAGGUUCUACGCAUAAGUGUAGAAUACUCGCGUACGGCUGGAUGGAACACUUUUAUAUCUGUACAAUGGAAGAAGAUAUUUUAAAGCAGAAAUAUUUUUCAGUUUUUGAUCUCGGUAUCGGCGAUAUCCUUACCGUGACCAUCACGCAUAUCGAAACUGUUCGUGGCUACAUACAUGUGCAAGCGGGAAAGAUUUGGGGGCACGUUCCGAUGGAACAUAUAUCUGAUAGCGGUUUGAGCGUUUUGCACAAAUUGAAAAUCGGAGAUAAGGUCGAGGCGAGAGUUUUGGACAACAAUUACAAUGAAAAUCAGAUAAAAUUCACGCUGAAGCAAUCGCUGAUAAAAAGUAAACUGCCAGUUUUACAUGAUUUUGGUGAAGCCGUAUGUGGAUCGAAGUAUCAUGGUACAAUCACCGUGAUAAACAAAAAUGGGUUAUUGGUAAGAUUUUACGGAAAUGUAAAAGGAUGGGUCCCACGCACUACAUUAGACAGAGAUACGUGCAAUAUGAAUUGGAACUUCUCCGUCGGCCAAACGGUUAUGGUGUGCGUUGACUCGGUCGAACAAGACAAACAUAAAAUGAAAUUGAGAAUCGUUACAGAAAAAGAGGAAAAACAGCAAGCUAUUAGCUUCUCGAUCGGAGAAACGGUCGAAGGGACAGUAACGGAAUCGUCCAUCAAAGGUGUAUACUUGAAAGUACAGAAAGAAGGCAAUACUGGAAAUAUUGUGACGGGCUUCUUGCCGGCAGGUCACAUGGCCCCAUGCAUUGAAAUCGGCAGCUUGUUGGCGUCGAAGUGCACUCCCGGGGAUGUAAUUUCGGCCUUCGUGUUUGCCACAAAACCGAUGUUGCUACUGUCGCGCACUUUCGUGACGCAGAAGAAAUACAGAAGCUUUGAUUCGCUGAAAGUGGGCGAUUGCAUUCCAUGCACGAUUCGAGAUAUGUUGCAGGCUGGCGUGAGAGUCGUUCUGCCAAUCGAAAAUUACCCCAAAUUUGGAUUCGUGUCAUAUAAGAACGUUAGCAAUUUCGAACAGUUGCACACGAACCAGAUAUUGUUUGUUAAAAUCACAGCUAUCAACACUAAAGAGAAACUAUUGACUCUAACAAUGUCGUUGAAGGACGUGUGGGAGAGCACGUCUGAGUAUGAGGUAAAGAUGAUGACGGCAGUGGAUGUCUUGAGUUUAUACCUCAACAAAUUUUCAGAGCUGACGAAGAACACGUUUUACGAAAAUAAAUUGAUUUCGACGGUAAAUCUGGGUCAAAAAGUUACCGGUAUUGUUAAAAAUAUAACCGAACAUGGUUUAAUACUUCAGUUGGAUAAUCAAUUGACAGGCACGGUACGCAAAGAUCAUUACAUCGGCGAUCCUCAAUUAGGGGACAAAGUAUUUGGUACGAUUUUGUGGAAAAAUUACGUCCAUGAGCUCGUCGAUGUGUCGUUGUUACCGAGAAUAAUAAAUGGCAUUAGCUCAAGACAAAAAACGCUACCAGAAUUACCCACUGGAAUCGUAUUGAAAGCGGAGAUCCUGAUGAUCACCAAAUGGUUGAUACUUGUUCUCGUGAAACGGAACGGUGUGGGAUAUCUGGCAGCAUUGCCCGUCCGCCGUCACGCGAACGAUAGUUCUCCAGAUCUGACGCCUUACAAGGUCCACGCAAAAAUUCGAUUGUACGUUAUAACGAGGAAACACGAAACUGAUAUUGUUCCUAUUUGCAUGCUAAAAUCUGCAUUUGAAACUCCAAAAGACAAAAUCAUAAGGGAGCCGUCUUCUAUUAUGAAUAAACAAUCAAAGAAGAAGAAGAAGAAGUCUAAACUACACGAGGUUGAUCUUAUAAAUUCACCAAAAGACGUACUGAAGGAAGUGUCGAAGGAAGCUUCAAGAGAUAAAGCAAAUGAGGAGAAGAGUAAAAGCGAAAUCAAAGAGAACAGUAGAAUAAAAGAUAUAAAUCCACCAAAAGAAGUAUCGAAGGAAGUGUCGAAGGCAGCUCCAAGAGAUAAAGCAAAUGAGAAGAAAAAUAAAAGCAAAAUCAAAGAGAACAGUAGAAUAAAAGAUAUAGAUGAGAGUUCCGAAUCAGAUGAAAGUGAAAUGGAGGCAAAUGAGUCAACGAACCGAUUGCGCGUUCCAGAAUGUGGAUUUUCUUGGGAAAAUAAAGCAAAAUUGACCGUUUCUAUUAAUAUUGAAACGUCUAGCGACAACGAGGAGCCAGAAGAGGAACCCAAACGGAAGAAGAAGAAGCUGAGUGCGGCUGAACGGCGGGAGCAAGAACGACAGAAGGAACGCGAAAUUCGCCAACGGGAGGAAGCUCUAGCGAGUAAUCAGACACCCAAUUCGAUCGAUCAAUUCGAUAGAUUGGUUUUAUCGAGUCCCGACAGCUCGCUAGUGUGGCUGCGUUACAUGGCGUAUCAUCUGCAGGCCACAGAGAUCGACAAGGCACGAGCUGUUGCGAGACGAGCCAUCAAAACAAUCAAUUUCAGAGAGGAGAAUGAACGGCUGAAUAUAUGGAACGCGUGGCUUAAUCUGGAAUCCAGAUACGGCACCGCAGAGUCCCUGAAUGACGUUUUUCAAGAAGCCGUGAGGACAAAUGACGCGUAUAAGGUGUAUAUGCACAUGCUGACUGUACAGGCGGACGCCGGUAGAAAGAAUGAGCUCGAGAAAUUGAUCAGUACCGUAAUAGGCAAGUUCAAACAGGAUCCUCAGACGUGGAUAGACUGUGGUACUGCUUUGCUGAAAAUCGGCAUGAAGGAAAAAUCACGACAGAUCAUGCAACGGGCAUUGCAAUCCUUGCCUGCGUCUCAGCAUAUAAACCUGCUAGUAAGAUUUGCGAAUUUGGAGAAUAAACUAGGCGACCAGGAACGCGCACAAACAUUGUUCGAGAACAUCCUGAGUUCUUAUCCAAAACGCGUCGACGUGUGGUCGUGUUAUGUGGAUUGUUUGAUAAAAUCUGAAAACAUUGAUUUAGCCAGAAAAGUAUUGGAACGAGCAUGCGUCCAGACGCUUCCACUAAGAAAAAUGAAAACCCUCUUCACAAAAUUUAUAAAUUUCGAAGAAAAAUACGGUACAUCUGAGGCUGUAGCUCGCGUGCGUCAGAUGGCUGCGGAUUAUGUGGAAAAUCACAUAUAAUAUAAAUUGUAUAAGUUUUUUUUCAAUAAAUAAAUGUUAAUUUGACGCAUAUAUACAAUGUCCCGAAUUUAAAUGUUAAACUUUGAGAGUACAUGGGAGAUUGAUAAGAAAAAAUCUUAAACAUUCUUAUUUUGUUUCAAAGAAAAUGAUAAACAAAAAUUUUUUAUUUUUUAUUUGUUUACACUGAGCUCAUAUAUAAUUUUUUUAAUUGGUAUUGUUAACAAUUAUUUCUCUUGUAAAUAUAGUUUUGUCCAUCCGUAUUAUUUUUAUAGAAAUGAAAUGUGAUUGUAAAAUGACUUAAAAAUCAUUGUUUUUUAGUUUUCCUACGCACUGUUGAAGUUUUAACUUUUAAAUUUGAGUUAAAUUUUAAAUUUGAUAACCUGUAUAACAAGUAGAAUAUUUCUCUAUCAAUGUUGUAUUUAAAAUUUGGUAUUAGUACCGAUGAGGUAUUACAAAAAAAAAGUGGCAAGCCAUGGGUAAAUUUUUGUAACUGUCAAGGAUUGGAAGGCCUUGAACAUAUGUACUUAUUCUGAAAUAUACUAUGGAGGCAUUUGAAGCGU